CAGCAAAGCCAGGCCUCACACAUUCAUAUGGAGAUUGGGGAGUAUAAAUAGAGGAGGGAGAGAGAGAGAGAUCAGCACAGCUCACAUCUUCUCCUCCCAGAGAACUCCAACAGAAGACACACAGCCAUGGCUCCUACAGUCAGUGCAGCUCUCAUCUACUCCAAAGAUCAUCUUCCACUUUCAAACAAGCUGAGGAAGCCAAUAGUGGAGAAGAUGCGUAGAGAACGCAUCAACAGCAGCAUCGAAAAGCUCAAGUCUCUCCUGGGCCGAGAAUUCCUAAAGCAGCAGCCUGAUUCCAGACAGGAGAAAGCUGACAUCCUGGAGAUGACGCUUCAAUUUCUGAAACAGCAGCAGCAGCCUCACAACGUCUGCUCCACUGCAGCCAAUGAAGGCUACAGCAAGUGUGUGCAGGAGGCCGUCAGCUUCCUGUCUCAGUGGAGCUCAGACUCCCAGAGUAGACUGCUGAGCCACUACCUCACAAUGCAGCCUACCAUGGAGAACAGAACAAUUGUCCUGCAGCUCAGCUCUCCAGCCUGCAGCACCAGCAGCAAAGAGAAACCUCCAGCAUCUACUGCUCUCUGGAGACCCUGGUAGACCCUGUGGACACUUUACCAUUAGGAAACACUCUUUAACAUGUCAGUCUAAGAUUGACAUUUUCUAAGAUUUCCUAAAUAUGUAGGAAUUUAUUCCUCUUUUCUUUAUGUCUCAUUCUUACUAUGCAAGAAGAGUCUCUUCAUCCUUCAUGUUUGUUUGAAGGGAGAAAUAAAGCCCAUAGUGGGUGGAUGUUCUCUGCAGUUUGCAGCAUGUUUAAAUCUGCUUUCAGUCAAAGAAAGCUUUUCCUCUGAUCUUCUUUCUCUUACUGUGUAAGAAAAAUGCUUUCUGUUUGAAAUGGAAACUUUUGAUCUGAACUCUUGAGUGUAAAAUGUCUGUGACAUUCUGUAAUCCAGUACUUUCCACUCCUGUGGAGUGAGAUCUAGAUCAGACUGUAGCUUCUGGACUCUGUGCAGUCUAAACAUUUGUAACACAAGUUCUUUGUGAUUGCAAACAAAUGCAUUUUUUUGCAUGUAUGAGAAUAUUCAUAUUCAUUCAGCUAUGUUAGCUGUGUGCACUUUGUUAUGAGUUUAUUACAACUUUAAGGCUCAGAACCUGAAAUUUUCUGAGUUUAUCUCCUUCAGUGAAGGUUAUUGAUGUUAUAUAUCAUUGUAUUUGUGAAACCACAAAAUCAUUAUAUCCAAACAUGUCCUGGAAAUAAACUUAAAUGAAACAAUCAA